AUCAUUGUGUCUAUACUUCCAUUCUCUUUUAUCCGCCCUAUCAACGAUGGCGAUUUGCUUCUUGUGACAGAACGAUUUCCUAAUGGCAAUAAGGCCUUAGGGCAAGCUGGUCCAAGAACGUGUUUUCUGGCCUGCCUUUGUAGCCUUGGGCACCAGCUCGAAGAUGUCCCAGAUGGGCCCCGCAAGGAGAACAUUUCCAAGGAUUCAUUGUUCCGUGUUUUUCUUUUGCUGUUCAAUGGUGGACUUUCGAAACUGUCGCCGGUAAAGUCCGAGAUGAUACUGCCUCUAUUUCGGCUAAAUUCUCCCUUUUGCUGCGUAGAAUUGGUCUGA